GCCGGGCCGGGGCGGGCGGCGGCGGCGGGGCAGUCAGCCUGCGCGCUGGGCACCGUGCGGGCGUGCGGCGGCCGGCAGCGAGGCACGGAGGCAGCCAGCGUCCCCGCCACGACGCGGCGCUGAGGCCGGUCGCCCGCCGCCGCCGCGCUCCCGCGCCCGCCCCCCCCCCGCACCCCCCCGCCACACAAAGGCAGCCGCAGCUGGACGGGCGACGGACCGCGCUCCACGCCAGGGCUCCGGUGCAGCGUCUCGGCUGGUCUUCUCCAUACUCAUGAACAUACAAAGGUCAACCCCUAUCACGAUAGCACGAUAUGGGAGACCGCGGAAUAAAACCCAGGAUUUUGAGGAGCUCUCGUCCAUACGGUCCAUCGAGCCAAGCCAGAGUUUUAGCCCGAAUCUAGGCUCGCCGAGCCCGCCGGAGACCCCGAACUUGUCGCAUUGCGUUUCUUGCAUCGGGAAAUACUUAUUGUUGGAGCCUCUCGAGGGAGACCACGUUUUCCGAGCCGUACAUCUGCACAGUGGCGAGGAGCUGGUUUGCAAGGUGUUUGAUAUUGGCUGCUACCAGGAGUUAUUAGCACCAUGUUUUUGUCUGCCUGCGCAUAAAAAUAUCAACCAAAUUACUGAAAUAAUUCUUGGGGAGACAAAAGCAUAUGUGUUCUUUGAAAGGAGCUAUGGGGACAUGCAUUCGUUUGUUCGUACCUGCAAGAAGCUUAAAGAAGAGGAGGCAGCCAAACUCUUCUAUCAAAUAGCUUCUGCAGUUGCACACUGCCAUGAUGGUGGACUGGUACUGCGAGAUCUCAAGCUGCGAAAGUUUAUUUUCAAGGAUGAGGAAAGGACUAGAGUGAAAUUGGAAAGCCUAGAAGAUGCUUAUAUUUUAAGAGGAAAUGAUGACUCUCUUUCUGAUAAGCAUGGAUGCCCAGCCUAUGUGAGUCCAGAGAUCUUGAACACAAAUGGCAGCUACUCUGGCAAAGCAGCGGACGUAUGGAGUCUAGGUGUCAUGCUUUAUACCAUGCUAGUUGGACGCUAUCCUUUCCAUGACAUUGAGCCUAGUUCCCUCUUCAGCAAGAUCCGUCGUGGGCAGUUUAACAUUCCAGAUACUCUUUCCCCCAAGGCAAAAUGCCUCAUACGUAGCAUACUGCGUCGGGAGCCAUCAGAAAGGCUGACUUCACAGGAAAUUCUGGACCAUCCAUGGUUUUCUACAGAUUUUAAUGUAUCGAGUUCAGGAUAUGGUGCUAAGGAAGUAUCAGAUCAGCUGGUGCCUGAUGUCAACAUGGAAGAAGACUUGGACCCAUUCUUUAACUGAGCACAAAGACUGGUGUUCAGAAGGUACACGACCUGGAGAUGGACACAUGAAGGAGCCCUUCCUGACCAUGUUAAACCACAUCCUGCAUCAGCCUAGCUUGGUAGCAAAAGACACUCAGAGGUCCUCAGAUUGAGAAGGAACCUCCACAAGGAGCUAAUAUAACAAAUGUAGCAUGGGGACAGAUUGGGGGGCGGGGGGAGCUUGCUAUCAGGUUAGAUUGAUAUGGAGGAGAAAAGGCAGCAUGGAGCAAUUGUAGCUUCUCACCUUUUUGGAGCCAAGGAGACUGCACAUGCCAAUUCUGGUGCAGCUGUAUCACUCCUGUUUCUGUUCCAUUAAAAAUAGUGGUAACUCACGACAAAUAGAAACUUUUUUGCCUCAGCUCACAUCUUGGCAUCGCACUGUUAGAUAUUUAACUUCAGCCAUUAUUCAGGGAAAGUACAAUUGGCUAACAUUUUUUUUUAAUCGGAUGUCUAAUAAUUAAUGGGAUUAAUUUAAGAAAAAAAUUAGGUGCACAAAGACGGACAUGAAAAGUGGGUGCUAAAAACAAACAAAAUUUCAGUUCAUGUCUCUUGAUAGCUAUUUUCAACUCAUUUCUUCUAAAUAAACUACUUAAUAUUCUUGUCAGGAAAUGACAUUUUAAUGCUUUGUUCCCUUAAGGGGAAGUAACUGUCAUUUAACAAGCUGUUCUGUUUUGUGUCAAAUGGUUUGUUGCAGGAAGCUAUUAUAACUCGAACUUCCAGAUGCAUUACUGCUAUAAUAGGGGGAAAAAAAGAAGAAAACUGUGUAAUUUUUUUUAAAAGAUACUGGCUUCCAUAUCUGCCAUGCUGCACGUAUAUGACUAGAGAGGGCAGAAAGCCCUUAAUCGUGUCUUUAUCUGAGAACCGAUCUCUUCUUUAACUGACUGGCCCACAUGUAAAUAGAGGGCUCUUUAUUACUGAAGAAGAGUAUUGUGGUUUUUUUUUUUUUUCUUUGAAUUCCUCUCAACUUGGGAAAAGAAUUGUUUGGGUUUGAUUUUUGUUUAUGUCCAGAACAAGAAAUAAGAGGGUAUUAAUAAGCUGAACAUUUAUAUUACAGAUAUUCCUCUUGAAACAUACACAGUAAUAUGCACCUUUUGUAUUGUCAAGACUUAUUCUAUUUAUUGAAGAAAAUGUCACAGUAGUGAUGUAUUAAGCCAGUACUUCAAUUACGGGUUGACUUGGGAUGACAUGUUACAUGCUGUAGUUAACACACUUCUUUUCUGUUCAGGUAUUUCUGUCCCUAAAUAACUUUUUAUUUAGCUUCUUUUUCUAGAUAGCUUUAUUUGAUUUAGACUGGCAAAUGUUUUUAUUACUGCUUUUAUAUUGCUGUAUGAUAUUGAAAUCUCUUGGCAUAAAUAUUUGUGUUUCCAGUACCUCAGUUGUUCUGAUAUUACUGCCUGUAUACGUUUUGUGAAGUGGUCAUGUUUUUUGGGUAGGUACAUGUGGACUCUGUAGUAUGUAAAUGUUACUUGAAUUUGUGCUUAAUUAUAGUAUGUGGCAUGUGCGUACAGCUACUUGGCAUUUGACGUAUGGAUGCUAUUUGCCUGCCUUGCAGGAAAGUUAUGGUCCCACUCUCAAGAGGAUGUUUCACAGUUCUUUAUCAAGAGACAAAGCUAGCUGCAGCUGACCUGCCUUGGUUCUAUUUUGGUAACUAAGAAUAUAAAGGAGUAAUGUUUUUACACUCUGAAGAUGGUGCUGUGUCAAGAAGGACUUUUUUUUAUUUUAUAAGUACCUUAUAGGAGGAAAGAUUGGUGAUGUGCAUGGUGGGGUUUUACUGCCUCUGGUGCUUUGUCAUGUAUUUGGUUUAAUGUUUUUGUCCUAAUCUCUUCAAUAAAUAAAAUUGUGCAUAUUUAACUAAA